AUGGAACAGCAUCCUUUUUAUAUACCAACCAUUAUUGCAUUGCCAACUUUACCCAAUUCGAGCAGUGACAUUACCUUUGAAUCAACUACACUUUACUAUUCCGUUGCACCAAUUUCAUAUACUAUUAACGUAACCAGUAGUAACCCAUACCGGGAUGGUAUCGUAAACGAAGCCAAUGUAUCAAGAGAACGACUCUAUCCACUUUCUACUGAUAUUUGCUUAAAUCAAAAUGAAUCAAGCAAUAAUGAUAAAGAAUUCAACGAUGGUAACCUAUGGAAGAACUGCCGGUCAACAGAAAUGUUGAAGUAUUCACUCAAUAAUACUAACGAUUCACAAACGAAUAUUGCACCACAGCAAUCGCUAUUAUCUUCUAAUCUGCGAUCGAACGUUGUGCUUCAGCUUCUGCCAUUAUCUUCUACAAUGCAAGCGAACACUACGAUACAGCCGUUGCCUUCAUCUUCUACUCUACAGGCAAAUUGCGCGGUACAGCGGUUACCGUUAUCUUCCAAUCAGCAAUUGAAUCCGCUGCAGCCGCUGCCGCUCUCUUCUACUAUACAAGCGAACACUAUGAUACAGCUGCUGCCUUCAUCUUCUACUCCGCAAACAAAUCGCGCGGUAUCUUCCAGUCAGCAAUUGAAAGUUACGUCACAGCCGCUGCCGCUAUCUUCUACUAUACAAGCGAACACUAUGAUACAGCUGCUGCCUUCAUCUUCUACUCCGCAAACAAAUCGCGCGGUAUCUUCCAGUCAGCAAUUGAAAGUUACGUUACAGCCGACGCCACUUUCUUCUACUAUGCAAGCGAACACUAUGAUACAGCUGCUGCCUUCAUCUUCUACUCCGCAAACAAAUCGCGCGGUAUCUUCCAAUCAGCAAUUGAAAGUUACGCUACAGCCGACGUCACUCUCUUCUGCUAUGCAAGCGGAUGUUACUACAUUACAGCUGCCAUUAUGUUCUAGUCCGCAGGUGAAUGUUGCGCUACUGCAACUCCCAACAUCAUCUAAUUUACAAACAAACAUUGCAACACAAUCGUUCUCGCUACCUUCUACGAAAUUUUUGCAAGCGACAGAUGAAUUUCAGCAAAAUUCACCACUUAUUAAAAAAAUACGACUGUUGCAUGAUCAAGCGACACAUCAUGCUAGAUUAGCACAAGAUGCUUGGGAAGAAGCUAGAGCAAUUGCUGUUUCAUUGAAUAUGCCACCGCCAUCGCUACCGGAUGCAGUCGACUUCAUGACACAUAAUUACUUAAAAUACCAAAAACAAUGGAAUUUAGUGAAAAAUGCUGAUGAGCAAGAGAAUGUUAAGCCAGGCUUAUCAAAAAUUGUUAAAGUGGAAAAUUCCACAUCAUCAUUACUUGGUCAUCAAUCCAUCUCCAAACGAAUAAAACCACCAUCAAGUACUGCUAAUUCUACAUCGGAUUCUAAUUUCAAUAAAUUGCCUUCUAAAAUGUCCCGGAUGGAAAAAAAUGUGUGUAAGUACGUCAGUACAGAAUUUACGACGAAUAUGACCUCAGAAAUGAUCGAUCAACAAUUACCAACGACAUCGCUGCAAUCAAGUUAG